UUCGGCCAUCACUGGGUCUGCGGAGCGGCCACCAUGAAGUUCAAUCCGUUUGUGACCUCUGACCGGAGCAAGAACCGCAAAAGGCAUUUCAACGCCCCUUCCCACAUUCGCAGGAAGAUUAUGUCGUCCCCUCUUUCCAAAGAGCUGCGGCAGAAGUACAACGUCCGGUCCAUGCCCAUCCGGAAGGACGACCAAGUACAGGUCGUGCGGGAACACUACAAAGGUCAGCAAAUUGGAAAAGCAGUCCAGGUCUACAGGAAGAAAUAUGUCAUCUACAUCGAACGGGUACAGCGAGAGAAGGCGAACGGCACCACCGUCCACGUGGGCACCCACCCCAGCAAGGUGGUUAUCACUAGACUAAAACUGGACAAAGGCAAAAAGAUCCGCGAACGCAAAGCCAAAUCUCGCCAAGUAGGAAAGGAAAAGGGCAAAUACAAGGAAGAAACGCUGGAGAAGAUGCAGGAAUAAAGUAAUCUUACAUAUGACAUGAAAUAAAAACUGUUAAAAU